ACGGUCAAAUGUGAAUUUGCCUGUUGUCCUGUUGUUAGUUUAAUCGUGACGUAUAUGUGUACUCUUGUGAAAAAGUCGAUGAAUUAUAAUACACAUUAAAUAUUUAUCGAUACUGAACAAAAACGGAGAGUAUACAUAUACAGGUUAAUAAAUUUAAAAAGAAAACCUAAGGAAAUAAUACAUACAAAAACGGGGGAAGCAAUAAAAAGGAGACAAAAAGAGAAAAUUGAUGUGUACGAGGUGUUUUUUUAUGAUUUUGAAGAAUCUGUGAAGAAGUCGUUGAAUAAAACUGAGGAUAUAGUAUGAAAUAUAUUGUGGUCUUGAAUACAUGUGUAUUUCGAUAAGUUCAUACUAUAUUUCAUAUUGUUUUGUAUAAAAAGAUCUUACGCGAUCCUCUGAGGACGCGUUGUCGAUUAUUGUUAAAGUGGAAGCUUUAGAAAAUGGCCGACAAUUGGACACAGAGCGUUGUUUGCCGCUAUUUCAAAAAUGGUAUAUGCCGUGAAGGGAAUAAUUGCAGAUAUCGUCAUACUCAAGAAAUUGGGAACGAUGGAAGUACCAAUGAAACAGUAAUUUCUUCUGUCCCACCUUUUAGCAGUGUUUGUCGCUUUUUUAAACAUGGCGUUUGUAAAUUUGGGAAUCAGUGCCAUUUCCGUCAUAAUCCUGAAACUAUUGAUAAUAAUUUGGUGAAUGCAAAUUCAAUAGAAAGUUCUUCACCUGGGCAACAGACUUCAAAUACUUCAACUUCGACAACAAUAAAGAAUGUUAAAGAAAGUGCUCAUGCAGCUGAAGAAUGGGUAAAAGCCCCAGAAUUUGUGCCUUCAUCUGUAGCUGGUUCAUCCUCAGCAAACGAAAAUUCUGAUACUUUAGAAACAUCAGCAAGUUCUUCACUGCCAUUAUCUUAUGCUCAAGCUGUAAAUCCAUCUGGUCAGGCAUCCAGUCCAUCUUUAGAACCUCUAUGUCCCUAUGCAGAAGCAACUGGAAUUUGUAGGAAACGUAAUUGUACCUACUUACAUGGUGAUAUUUGUGAACUGUGCAAUCGUGCUGCACUUCAUCCAAAUAAUGAAGAACUUAGAAAGAAACAUACAAAUGCAUGUGUUAAACAGCACGAGGUAGAUAUGGAGCUCUCCUUUGCUAUUCAGCGUAGCAAAGAUAAGUCUUGUGGAGUUUGCUUUGAAAUUAUAAUGGAAAAGACAUCUGGAGAACAGAGAUUCGGAAUUUUACCAAAUUGUAAUCAUUGCUUUUGUUUAAGUUGUAUUAGAAAAUGGAGACAAGCUAAACAAUUUGACAAUAAAAUUAUAAGAGCCUGUCCAGAAUGUCGCGUCACCUCUGAUUUUGUAUGUCCAAGUAUGUACUGGGUAGAUACAAAAGAAGAAAAGGAAAAAUUAAUAACGGAUUACAAAUGUGCACUGAGCACCAAAGAUUGUAAGUAUUUCAAUAAAGGACGCGGUAAAUGUCCAUUUGGCAAUAAGUGCUUUUAUCUCCAUGCACUUCCCGAUGGCACUAAAACAGACGUUGGUCCACCUGUUCGUCAACGACGCAAUGCCGAUGCAAACAUCGAUAUUUUACAUCAAUUAAUCUUGUGGGACUUUUUUGAAGAGAGAGACAGUCGCUGGGUAUACAGUGUAGAUUUUGAAGAUAUUAUUCCCUUUUCAUCAGAUUCAGAGGAGUCAGAAUGGUCUGAAUAUGAAGUUUAGUGUGGAUAAUUAUUAUAUAAAUUCGAUCAUUUUGCUGCUAUUGCUGUUAACUGUAUUAUCUAUCCCAUUCACCACAUAUAAGUGGUUUCAGUGGCUGAAUAGUCAAGUAGUUUAUGAAUUUUGUAAUGAUUACAAUUUAAAAAAUGUCUGGGUUAAAUUAAUAAAAUACUUGUGUGCUUAGUUUGAUGUAUUUACAUGAAAAAUAUGUAAAUGACAUUAAAAUGGUAAUUACAGUAACAGUAAUGAUAACAAGGAGGUUAGAGUCACGUGUAUGAUGACAAGUUUUUUAAUAUCAUAUUGUCACUUUAUAAUGGCUUAUUUUGAUAUAUUUUACCCAAUACUGCUGCAACAACUAAUACUCAUUCAUAAAAGAUAUACACAUCAAAUUAUCAGUACACCAAAUUAAUUCAGUUAAUAGAAUAUAAAUCAAUAUAUUUAUAGUACUACCUUGUUGGCAUAAAUAUACGAAAUUUUGUUCCUAGUGUUACCUAAUCAUUGGGUUAAUAAUUUUUUUUAUUGGAAAAUAAAUAGUUAAUGUAGUACACAAUGAUAGUUAGUUCGUACGUUUUGAAAAUAAAUUUGAUUUACUUCUUUAUUAAAUAAAGUAGGUGUACUAUUAUCUCUUAAUAUUUUAAGCGUCAUUAAUUUCGUAAAUAUUGUUAUUAUUAUUAUUAUUAUUAUUAUUAUUAUCAUCAUCAUCAAUUUUGUUAAUUCUUGGCUUGAAACUUAACGCUUGAUGAAGAAGUCAUUGAAUAAAGUAAAAAAGAUAUUAACUUACUAUUUUCUUUUAUAAAUAUUUUUAAAGUAAUUUUAAUUUCAGUUCUGUACUUAUUCUACACGUAGAAAACCAAUAUCAAGUUUUAUUACAUUUAUUUCUUACUCGAUCUAGGAAAUAAAACUUUUAUCAGAAACAAAAAAUUGAAUUAUGUGUUAUAAGAAGUAAUGAAAAAAAAUGCAAAUCAUUUGUUAUUUAUGAUGAUUGGUAUGUUAUACAUAUUUGAUUGUUCAUAAGAUACAAUUAAUUGUCCUACCUCCUGUUAUAUAAUACUGUGAACAUCUAACAAAUUUCUUUAAAUUAUUAAAAUGUAUAGUGUUAGUCUUUAAUUAAUAGUUUUAAGAUAUCCGUGAUAAAUUGCGCAAAUCGAAUGUACCGUAUAGUAAGUGCGUGUCUGUGUGAUAAUAUGAAAAUUCGGUUGAAUGUGUAUACUAUUAAAAAUAUAAUAAGAGGAAACGAUUUUUGGCAAAUAUGCACAAAUUGAAUCCAGAUAAAAGAACGCAAAUAAAAGUUAUUUUCUAAAUGA